UAGAAAAUGGAUCUCCCGUCUAGUUCAUCUCUACCCGCCCUACAAAGCCUUAAGGACCGCAUGCGAGAGAAGAUAAAUGGUUCUUUGAAAAAUGCUAAACUGAGCACUACACUUGCUGCAAAAAUUAAAACAAAGGCAUUGAAUAACUCCUCUAUGCUAAAGAUUUCUCUAAAGCACAAUAACAAAGCUUUGGCGUGUGCUCUGACGGUUGAGCGAGAGAAGGCGAGGAGGCUGGAGAAUGACAAAAUGUUUCUGCAGAAAGAAGUGAAGAUGCUGCAUUUUCAAAAUGCCCUCCUACGCCAAAACCUAAAUAUUGUGAACAGAAUCUUUAAGGAUAUUGACCUUUUCAUGAGUAUUAACUUGCCAACUGGUAUUGAAAUCAGCAGCGAUAUGGAGCAAUCUUUAGAAAUCCAAUCAAAUGAACCAAAAGGUGAUCGUUUAAGCCAACAAAGUACAUUUUCAUCUGACGGUGACCAAGGAUUUGUAUUGACAGGUGUUCCUUUACGGGUUCCCUCCAGUACUGUGUGUGAUCAUAAACCAGACAACCAUUUUCCUUUAGACUCGCUUGUUAAAAACCCUGAAAGUUGCACCACUGUUAAACGGUCAUUGAAUUCCAGUAUUGUGAAGGGCAGGUCUAAUGGUCCUGAAAUAUCCUGCACAUCCACCUGUACAUCUCAAGAAAGCCAUGCCUCAUCAAAUGAAACUCUUGGUGAUGCCAUGUCUUCAAAAGAUAAUGAAAUGCCUAAUGAUAUUCCUGAUUCACCGGAGAAAAAUGCUGUAAACCUAUUUGCUAAUGUAACAAAAAGAAGGAAAUGUUCAACAAUGUCUUGUUCAAGUUCACAAUCUUUAAUAUCUGAUUGUAAUCAAGGCAAAUGCUCUAAUGGCGAAAAUCGGGAAAGUAAUCAUUGCUCACCAACAGAGCAAGUUACUGAUACUACAUUUCAGUUUAACCUAACUUCUCAAGAAAGAAGUGAUGACAUCACAGCAUCUUGCAAUGGUAAUACACAAAUCUAUGGUUAUGGCCACAGUAGCCAACCAUCUCCAACAACCUGCUUAGGUUCUCCAUCUUUAAAAAUGGACAGUGAGCAAGUACAGAAUACAGAAAGAGUUAGUAGGUUUAACGUUCAAUGCAAUCAAGCAACAGAUACUACAGUUCAAUCCAGCAACACUUCUGAAGGAGGAUGUGGUGAGUCUCCAGCAGUGGGUGGAUCUGUUGCUCAAGAGCAAACUGUGUAUGAAGCAGACAUGGAAUUGACUACCACGGACUCUGCUUCCAUAGUUGCCAUUUCAUCUAAAAACAAAACUCGGACCGGCAUAACCAAAUCGGGAAUACCUGUGAAACACAAUGGGACCACUUUAAGAAGGGUUAAGAAUUCAGCACGGAGCAAGACAAAGGCCACAAGUAGCCAAAAAAAUGAAUCUGAAAAUAAGGACGAUAACCUGACCAAAAUCGUUUCAAAAGAUAAAACUCCGUUUGACUUCCACAUCCAAUCUCCGUGUAUUGACCCUUUAACUUCUGAAGUGGAAGAUCAUCAAUUGAGCUCACAUUCCACAUCUUCGAAAACAGAUCACACUGCUCAGCUCUGUAACAAAUCUGAAGGUCGGAAGACCUAUUUAUUAACAGAUUGCAUUAAGCUAGAAAAUGAAAAUGAACCAGUCGCCGAUAUGGUUACGGAGAAUCCAGACUCUCCUGCUAUUCAUGUUCCUGUAUUGUCGUCGCCCAACAAAAUGUUAAAAGUAAAUUUUAAAGAAAACCAUAUUCCUCUAAUUCUAGAAAAGGCGCAAGUAAGAGGAGUAAAGCGUAAAUCUUCUGAAACUACAUCUAAGCUGAAUAAUCCAAAGGGUUCAAAAGGAGCUGAAAAAGAUCGCAGGCAUUCCAAAAAGUUAGGGCGUAAAACAAGCAAACAAAAAAACAAACAGAAAGAUAAUCAAAAAUGCUUGGAGGACAAAGUGCCUUCGGUAGAAGUAGAGCUCGAGAACGUUGAGGGCAUUUCUAACCAGUUCUUGGAUAAUUUUGGAAAUAGAAACCUUUCUCUCAGAAGGGAAACCUACGUUUUAAACCAUGCACAAAUAACUGGUAUCACUGCUUCACAGUCCGUUUCAAGAGAAAAUAAAUUUAGUUGUAGAAGGGAAACCUAUGUAAUUCCUGAACCAACUCCUUUGGAAUUCAGCUUUAUCCAUUCUACUCCUGAAAAAGUGACUGCCAAAGGUCUACCUGGGGCCUCUGUUCCCUCAGUCAUCCCUUAUCAAGUUUCUGAUGCGGAUGUUUUGCUAGAAAAUAAUAAAGACAUAUGUGCUAAAACCAUUAAAAAGGAACCCACAAUGCUGGAAGACAUGGAAAAAGAAAGUCAUACACAUUGUGAGAUGGAGAACACAAUUAAAUGGCCCAUGCAAAGUGACAUUAAAAAUUCAACUUUGGUUUUGCAAGAGGACAAGAGAAAAACCAUUAUUUUACCUAAUGAGAAAGCUACUACACUUGUUCAGGAAAGUCUGGUGGGCUUACCAUUAAACAAGACUCACAAGCAAAUUGGAAUGGGUUAUUUGACAAAUGAACAAGACUCCUUUAUGCUCGACAUGGUUAGUGAAUCUGUACUUGAAACAGUUCCUGUAUUGUCGUCGCCCAACCAAAUGUUAAAAGUAAAUUUUAAAGAAAACCAUAUUCCUCUAAUUCUAGAAAAAGCGCAGGUAAGAGGAGUAAAGCGUAAAUCUUCUGAAACUACAUCUAAGCUGAAUAAUCCAAAGGGUUCAAAAGGAGCUGAAAAAGAUCGCAGGCAUUCCAAAAAGUUAGGGCGUAAAACAAGCAAACAAAAAAACAAACAGAAAGAUAAUCAAAAAUGCUUGGUGGACAAAGUGCCUUCGGUAGAAGUAGAGCUCAAGAACGUUGAGGGCAUUUCUAACCAGUUCUUGGAUAAUUUUGGAAAUAGAAACCCUUCUCUCAGAAGGGAAACCUACGUUUUAAACCAUGCACAAAUAACUGGUAUCCCUGCUUCACAGUCCGUUUCAAGAGAAAAUAAAUUUAGUUGUAGAAGGAAAGCCUAUGUAAUUCCUGAACCAACUCCUUUGGAAUUCAGUUUUAUCUAUUCUACUCCUGAAAAAGUGACUGCCAAAGGUCUACCUGGGGCCUCUGUUCCUUCAGUCAUCCCUUAUCAAGUUUCUGUUGCGGGUGUUUUGCUAGAAAAUAAUAAAGACAUAUGUGCUAAAACCAUUAAAAAGGAACCCAAAAUGCUGGAAGACGUGGAAAAAGAAAGUCAUACACAUUGUGAGAUGGAGAACACAAUUAAAUGGCCCAUGCAAAGUGACAUUAAAAAUUCAACUUUGGUUUUGCAAGAGGACAAGAGAAAAACAAUUAUUUUACCUAAUGAGAAAGCUACUACACUUGUUCAGGAAAGUCUGGUGGGCUUACCAUUAAACAAGACUCACAAGCAAAUUGGAAUGGGAUAUUUGACAAAUGAACAAGACUCCUUUAUGCUCGACAUGGUUAGUGAAUCUGUACUUGAAACAAUGAUUGAAAGUCCAAGUUUUGUACGUGUCUCCUCUGUUACAAAUGGUGAAAACUCAUUAUUUAUAAAGGAGAGGUCCUUUGACAAUAUUGCUCUUGUAGAACUUCCUGGGACAGAGGAUGUGUCCCACCAGUCAGUGAAUUUUGGUCCCCUUGAUGAAACCAACUGCAACGAACCACAAGCAUAUGAAGGAAUGGAUGAUCUGCAGUGUGAAGACUUUAACCAAAGUCUGAGCAACCAAGGAACAGCAACAAAACCUUUGAAAGAUUUGACAAACACCAACUUUGGUUACAUCAAACAAUCCCCAAAGGCUUGCUCAGAAGAGGAAGACCAGUCAAAUGGCUUUACUAGAAGGCGACGUAAUCCAGUCAACUACAAAGAGCCAAACUUGUUGAGAAAGAUGAGGCGCGAAGAGGAAUCCAUAUUUGCAGAUCUCCAGAAUUAUCCAAAGUGCAAAGGAAAACGGAAAAAAAAUGUAAAGAGAGAGGUUUCUGGGCAGAAAAGUGCCUGAGCGAAGAUUAGAUUUAAGCUUCCACCUUUUUAUUUCUUUUUUUUUUUUAAUGUCUCUGCACGUUUUCUUCAUAGAUGUUUGUCAUGUGAGGGGUAUUGCUGGUAUUCAAAUGAGGGUAGUGUUCAGUAUGGUGAGGUUUAUAUAGGAAGCAUGGCGGGCUUGCAUUAUUUUGCAAGGUUAGGGUUACUUAUAUCGACGGCACAAAGCCUUCUUUUUGUUUAAAUUUUUCAGAUGGCGAUCUCGAAGUCAACUCCUUUUUCAAGUUAGAAACAUAAAGGCUUUGUUAUCUUUAUCUUUUGGCCACGUUAUAAGGACCUGUAGGUGAUAUUACGUGAAGGUGGUUACACGGUUAUCGCUCCACUAUUACAUUGUAUCCACAAGUCUGUACGUGUCCAUUGUCUAUAACUUUUCUCCUUUUUGUGCCCUCUGGACUUUAAGUCCAUUGGUUGUUUUUGUGUAUAUUUUUCGGUUUAAGCUUUGCCCAACAUAAUAAAUAAAAUUUACCCUUGUAUAUUCUUUCCAUGACUGUGUUGUUACGAGAUCUGCAUCUCGCUUAUUUAUGUGUCCCUGUUGCUUGCUUCAUAAAACAAAUCUGAUUUUAAGUCUGGAAUUCUGACCGCUCAAAGCUGAAAUGUAUCUUCAUUGGAAUAAUCUAGCAUGUAAAAAAAGUGGUUUAAAGAUCUCUGGAUA